AUGCGAAAGGGCAUCGCGCAAGACCGCGUUAAUGGGCUCCCGCGGUGCGCUAGGCCUAAAAUGGAAGCGGAAGGCUUGGCAGUGACUCGAGCCGUCACUUCUCUCGCGCUCUAUUGUCCUCGACAUCUUCCCUCUACCUCUUCCCUUCUCUUUCUUUUUGUGCUCGGUCUUUUCGGGUGUAGAUUUGGCAUUUGCGCCGGGGUUUCGUCUAUUACUUGCGCCCUUUUUCGCGCCUACUCUCCCAUCAACGAUCUUUAUAUCAUCUCCAACCUCCCCCACCAGCUCUGA